AUGACUGAGAUGCAGACCUUCUACCACACCAUGCGUCGUCCCCCAAGCCUCUACCUGGAGAAUACCUUGAUGCAGAGACGCAUCUUAGAAGACCAGGUGGAGCUGUGGUGGUUCAGAGAGCCACGCCGGUCCUUGCUGUGCUACAGUGCCUCAGUGGCCCUCAUACUGGGGCUGGGCCUCGGCGGCGUGGGCCUCCUAUCCACCACCACAAGCUUGUCCGGGGAGUGGCGACUCGGGGUGGGCACCACCCUCUGUCUCUUAGCCCUCGCCGUUCUGCUCAAGCAGCUCCUCAGCUCUGCCAUCCAGGACAUGAACUGCGUACGGAGCCGGCGUCGCAUCGACCAGCUGAAGAGCGGCGGGAGGGCUGACCCGGCUCUCAUUCUUGCUGUGGGGAUAGCAGUGAUUCUCUGUGGGUCGGUGCUGCUCUGUGUGGCCUCAAUCGGCAGCCAGGGUUAUGACAGAAGGGAAAUGAUGGUGUCUGGUCUGGUGCUGAUGGCGGCAGGGACAGGCAUGACACUAGCUGUAGUGGGUUACGGUGUGCUGGUCUACCUAAAGAGGCGAAGGGAGCAAAGGAGGAGGAGGAGGAUGAGAAUGAUCAGAGCGAGGAGGUUGGGGAGUCAAGCUGUUCGGGUGUUCAGUGUCUCAGGAGGACAGAUGAGCCAAGCCGGGAGGGAGACAUCCUCCAGCAGGACCAGCCUGAUCUGA